GUCUUUAAAGCUCCUAAAAUUACACUCGUCUUUGGACUGUGAUAGAGAACAUCUGGGCAGAGCAAGAAACCUUCCAUCCUCGGCUGUGCCGCAUCGCGUUAGUCCCCCAGCCAGACGCCGACUCACACACACACACACACACACACUCUCACACACACACUAGGCAGCCCUGCUCCAGGAUGCAUCCCGCUCUCCUGCCUCGCUCACUGCCCUUACAGCUGCUGGUGCUGACUGCCCUGGUCUAUGUCCAGUCCUACCCUUACGACCAGUACCCUCACGACCAGCCCAACUACAUCUACGACGAGCCAUGGGUCAACCAGUUCCGGCAGGGCUUCAACUUCCAGUGCCCACACGGCGAGGCACUGGUGGCCAUCCGCAGCUACUUCAGCGAGAAGGAAGGCAUGGACCGGGUGUGGAGCUUCGAGUGCCAACGCACUCCCUAUGGCCUCGGUGAGCCCACCGAGUGCUGGUGGGACGACAUCAACCGCGCCGGGUUGGAAUGGACUUCCAUGUGCACCAAUAACGGGCUGGUGGCCGGUGUGCAGAGCCAAUACUUUAGCGCGGUUCUGGACCGCGAGUGGCAAUUCUAUUGCUGCCGAUACAGCCGCCGGUGCCCCUACUCCUGCUGGAAGACCCAGGAGAAUCCUAACUACUAUCAAGAAGAAUCUGACUUUGUCAUCCCAAGCUAUGGCUACUUCAUCCGAGGGGCCAGCACUACUUUCAGUGGAGUGCUCAGGGAUCGGCAGUGGAAGUACACCCUGUGCAGGAUGACAGAGCAUGACUGUCACUUUGAGAAUUUUUAACUCACGCGAAAAAAAGUUGUGAUUUUAACUCACAAGUAUGGUGCUUCCACACACACAUUUUUUUAUACAUUUUCACAUUUGAACCACUAUUAUUCUUGUAAAUGGAAAGUAUCUGUAAAAACUAACUCUAUUAUAUUGUUUGACUGACACUGUGUAAUGUAGGCUAGUUGUGUCCUAGUGUGUUAUCGUUUUGUUUCUUUAUGAUCUUAAUCAGUCUUUGUUGUUAUUUACAUUUAGAUAGAAAUACACAAACAAUAAUUAUUCUCAAAAUAUAACAACACACUCAUGAUGUCAUGUCAGUUUAAAAACACUCAAUAUAAA